AUGGCCAUCAGACACCUGCAGUCGGUUAUGAAACGGAUCUGUCUCUGUGCUGCCUCUCUGUCAAACCAGGACUGGAGUAAGUAUGAUGAGAAGCUGUUACAAGCUGUGGACAGCAGUGACCCUGAGAAAGUGGCUUCCCUCCUCAACAAAAGGACUCUUCUCACGACAAAGCUCGACCCUGAGGGACACUCAGCGUACCACCUGGCAGCAAUGAAGGGCUACGAGGACUGUCUGGAGGUCAUCCUGGCACAUGGAGUGGACAUCAAUGCCCUAGAUGGCUCAGGGUUGAAUGCGUUACAUUUGGCAGCAAAAUAUGGCAACCAUCAGUGUCUGAGGAGACUUCUUCAGGAAAAAUGCACAGUUAAUGCAGUGGACACUUAUGGGAGGAUUGCAUUACAUCAUGCAGCUACAAGUGGGAACUUUUCCUGUGUUCAGACACUCUGUGAUUUCAAGUCCCCUUUAAAUGUCCAUGAUGAUGAUGGCUGCACUCCACUGAUCCUGGCUGCACAGAUGAGCAACUAUGAGAUGUGCAGGUGCCUGAUUGUCAGAGGAGGAGAUGUGAAUAGCAGGGACAAACAGGGAAGAACAGCCUUGAUGCUGGCUUGUGAAAAUGACAGCGUGGAGACAGUGGACGUGCUUGUCCGGAGUGGAGCUAAUGUCAGCCUUCUGGAUGCCUUGGGUCAUGAUGCCAGACACUACAGUAUGGUGACUGGAAAUACAGACAUUCUGCAGCUACUUCACAUGGCCACUCAUGGAAGCUUCUGGAACAGUGAACCCGAAUUAAGGAGGAGGCAACAUCAGGAAAAACAUCAAGAAGACAGUGAGAGAGAACUUAUGGUUGAAGAAGAGAUGCUGAGUAGUUUCCCAGGGAUGGAGAAGUUAUUUUCGAGAAAGGGUGUGAACGUUUCUAGUGAGGAGAGGCUUGUGUCACUGCAGAGUCAAUUGGAGUCACUGACCAGUGAAAACCAAGAGCUACAAGGGAGGCUACAGGAGAUAGAAUCUUUGCAGAAAGGAGAAAAUGAAGGGGAAUCAUCAGGAAGCCUAGAUUUUAUCCCUGUUUUUCUGUAUGAUUCCUUGCAAAUGGAAUUUGAGAAACUGAAGGAACAGUAUGAACAAGCCCAGGCUACAAUCAGGGCUAAGGUUGUCUCACCCUCUUCUGACAAACUAAUCUCAGUGGAAGCAUACGAACAACUAAAGGUGGAAUAUGAGCAAGAAGUUCAAAGGUUACAAGCAGAUCUUGAUGGGCUCAAGGCCAACUCCUACUCAAAGGGAGGAGAUCCAUCCAUAGGUGGGGAGUCAGAGGAGAAAGACAUGGCAGAACAAGAUGUUCAGGAACUCAUUAAAAGACUGAAGGAGACCCAGGACAAAUAUGUGGCAGCUGUGACUGAGAUUCAACAACUGGAAGAGCAGAUCCAAUCAGGAAUUCUUUCUGUGAAAGAAAACGAAGCCAAGGGCAACUCAGAGACAUUAAAAACAAUCCCUGGAAAUGAGCUAGAGAGUGUUGAGAUGGAGCUCCUGCAAGCAGGUAAAGCUGAAGGAGAAGAAGAAAAGAAAGUGAGAGCACUGGAGAAAAAGGUGAAUGAAAUGGAGAAGCUUCUGUCUCAAAGUAUCCCUUUUGAGGAGUACAAUGAAAUGCAAAUGUCACUAAACACCUCGCUUCAAGAAAUUUCCAAAGAGAAUUCCCUGCUGAUAGAAAGAUGCACCAAGGCAGAAGAUGAACUUGAGGAUCUGAAGAGAAGCCAUGUUGGGUCCACUGAAGAUGGAAUUGGAUCUUCCAAUGAAGCCAAUGAACAACUUGAAGAACUGAGCAGAAUCCACAGUGAAUUGCAGGAAAAAUGCAGAGAGCUUCAAGUCAAAUAUAACAAGAAAGUUGAAGAACUCGAGUCCACACAAUCUUUGUACAUCCCAAAGAAGGAGCAUGAAGAGGUGAAGGAUAAGUUGAGUAAAUCCCUCAGCGAAGCCAACAAGCAGCUCUCUGAUUUAAAGCAAAGGCACAAUGCAAUCCAAAAAGAGAUCACAAGGCUACAAGAUGAGGUAGAACAUCAGAGGAUGAGCUCCGUAACAUUGGAUGACCAUGUGAAAAUGAAGGAAUCGCUUGAGAAGUCUGUGCAGGAUACCAAAAGAAUGUUGAUCAAUGUGCAGAAUGAAUUGGCCAUGAAGGAAAAGGAGACUUCCCAGCAACAGGAAGAAAUGGUGGCAAUGAGAGGCCAAACCAUUCUAAAAGAAGAGCACGAAAAGAUCAGCACAUCGCUGAAGGCAGAGGUAAAUUCUUUAAUGAUUAAAUUAAACGAUCUGACCAAAAAGCAUGAGAAGACUUGCACUGAGGUAUUCCGAGUACAGAGGGAGGCACUCUUCAUGAAGAGUGAGAAACAGAAUGCAGAGGAACAGCUGGCCGCUGUGCAGAAACAGUACAACGAAUUAAAGACUGAGUCAACGAAGAUCAUUGAAUUGCACAAACAAAUUGAGGACUCCGCUGGUCUUGUGAAGGAGAAGGAUAGGAAGAUAACUGAACUAUCCAAAGAGGGGUUCAAACUGAAGGAGGCUUUGAACAGUCUGUCGGAGCAGGCUAAUGCUGCAGCACUACCUCCAAAAGCAAACCCCUUACCCCACCAACAACACACGGAGGCUACACAAAGGCAGAUCAGAUUGUUACAGCAGCAGCUAGCACAAGCAGAGUGUAACCAUAGAGCCAUCGUGACUAUUUAUCGAUCACAUCUUCUCUGCGCUGUUCAGGGUCAAAUGGAUGAAGAUGUCCAAAACGUCUUAUUACAGAUCUUAAAAAUGCACAAACCUCACAAACAGACCAGCUUUUGAGAUUCAAGCUUUGAAGAGGACAGUAAAGUGUUAUUUCUUAUACCUGAUGACAAGGUUUAAAUUAUAUGGUGUGUUUUUAUCUCGACUUUUUCAAGACUUGAGAAGAGAA